CGACAGACCCCCAUCCCCCCGUAUAGUAUAAAGAGGGUACGUACCUACGAGAAGGAGAGAGAUACGGAGAAUGUAGCUAUGCGACUCCGUAACCGAGGACCUCCCCCGCGAUGCUCAUGAUGCUACCUACGCCUGACAUCAGACUCUCAAUUGACUGAAUAAGCUACGGAUCCUCGUCGCACGUCAGAGUCUCUCAGUGUCUAUCCCUCGAUGAGUUCCUGAAGGCCCAUAUGGGCUAUAAAGGCAGAGGGAGCUUCCUCUACCUCCUCUCCAGCCCAGUACCAUACGUACACCAAGCCGCCUUGACCUACUUGCCCUGCCCAUCUAGAGUUACUGAUAGCUACUUCGUGUCCCAACGAUGUCUCCUCCUCCCACCGAGCCGGGGUACAGUCUCGUGUGGUCCGACAACUUCGCGGGCCCCGCAGGAUCCCUCCCUAACCAGUCUAAGUGGAAUAUCAUUUCGAAGGGCCCCAACGCGGCCAACCAGGAGGUUCAGCACUACACUCAAAGCACCUCGAACUCCUCCGUCAACGGCUCGGGUGUGCUACAUAUCACGCCGCAGCACAACAACGGCCAGUGGACUUCUGCCCGUCUCGAAGGCAAGAAUGCCUUCAACUGUCCCGACGGUCAUCGAAUGCUACUCCAGGCCGAGCUACGCACCGGGACUUCCCCGGCCAACCAGCAGGCCGGGAUCUGGCCUGCAUUUUGGGCCCUUGGUAACGACAUUCGGAAUGGCAAAAAUAUCGACUGGCCUCAGUGCGGCGAAUGGGAUAUCAUGGAGAACGCCCACGGCGCCGACUUCUCUCUAGCAACACUCCACUACGGCCGCGGCGGCUCGGACCAUCUUAGCCGUGGCGGUCCCGGCGCCAGGGUGACGUUUCAAGUCGAGUCCUUCCAUACCUGGGCAAUCAAGGUCAACCGAACGCCCAGCAAUUGGCAGGACGAAACCCUGGAAUGGUGGCUCGACGGGAACAAGUUCUUCCAAAUCAAAGGAAGCGAUAUAGGAGAUGGUGAGCUUUGGGGCCGAGUUGCCCAUAAGAGCUUCUUCCCCAUCUUGAACGUCGCCGUGGGAAGCAAUUUUCCCGGCGGGGGACAACCGGACAACAAGACAGUCACCGGCCUUGGGAGCGGCCUACAGGUUAAAUACAUCGCCUUCUACCAGUCAAACUAAGGUGAUCGCGCCGACGACGAGUCUAUCCCAAGCCCGCCGUGGGGUUCUUCUAGCAGAGACAAGUCGUCGAGCAAGUACACCUAUAGAGAAAGAUAUAUUAUCGGGAAUCUUUCGGGGAUGAACACCACUCUCUUUCUUCCAUCUGUUGGUUCCGUCCUCGUGGGAUGUUGAAGGUCCUUCCUAUUGUCGUCCCUCUCGCCCAAUGUUCACUCGCCCAACUCCUCCGGACGGGAACACAAUUAGCACCAUACGCCAUUUCUACCCAUGAUAUAUAUAUACCUAUAGCAUGAACUGACGUCCCCUCGAUAACCUCUCCCCUUUCAGUCACGAUGCAGAAACAAGUCCGGCUGCUAGGUUCGCUGAGUGUAAGCAAUUCCGAAUACGUAUUUUAUAGCACUAGCUUUGCCAACCUUCAAGUUCUCCAAGGCCUCUUGGAUGCACCGGAGUCCUCCUGGCA